AUGCUUUAUAUGGGUGGAGGCAGUCACGACAUAUUCAAAACCGCAGUCAUUGAUACGCUAGUCGCUGAGAUCCAGAGUGUGCCUGGAGAGGACCGCUGCGUAUUGAUGCUUGGGUACAAGGAGCAAAUGAUGAACAUGUUCCAGAAUGUGAAUCCCGGGUUGUCUCGUCGAUUCGAUAUUGAAAACCCCUUCCAUUUCGAAGACUUCUCGCAGCCGGAACUGAAAGAAGUACUUGAACUCAAACUUAGACAGCAGGAUCUAUCCAUCACUGAUGCAGCCAACGCUGUGGCUCUGGACGUCUUAGACCGUGCGCGUAACCGUCCAAACUUUGGGAAUGGGGGUGACGUCGAGAAUAUCAUCACGCAGGCAAAAAUUCGCUUCCAGAAACGUCAGGCUCAACUCCCAGUUUCUGACCGCCCCUUGGAGAUCGUUUUUGAACCUGCGGAUUUUGACCCUGAACACGAUCGUCAUAUCCAUGCGAUAUCUAAUCUUCAGAAACUAUUCGAAGACGUUGUAGGAUGCGAGGACAUCGUGAAGAAGCUUGGUGACUACCAGAAAGUUGCUGCACAGCUAAAAGCUCGCAAUAAGGAAAUAAGAGGGAUUAUCCCGAUGAAUUUUGUCUUCAAGGGACCGCCUGGCACUGGCAAAACAACCACGGCACGCAAAAUGGGCCAGGUGUAUCACGACAUGGGACUUCUGUCGACAGCAGAAGUUCACGAAUGUUCUGUGUCUGAUAUCGUGGGUCAGUAUAUCGGCCAUACAGGCCCCUUGGUGAAAAAGGUCUUCGAAAAAGCUUUGGGCCGUGUCCUGUUCAUAGAUGAAGCCUACAGACUUGGCGAUGGUCACUUUGCCCAAGAGGCGGUCGAUGAGAUUGUCAGCCUCAUGACUCAGGAGCGCUACAUGUCGAAGCUAGUUAUCAUACUGGCUGGCUACGACGACGACAUGAAUCAGCUCAUGAAAGUCAAUACUGGGCUCUCGAGCCGGUUCACGGAGGAAGUUGUUUUCCACCACAUGAAACCCGCUCACUGCCUCCAAGUUCUGGACAAAGAACUUCGCAAACAGGAAGUUGUCGUGGACGAGAUUUGCGACGAAUCUUGCAAUGCCAACGUCGAAAUGCGAGAUAUCAUCGAGAAGCUCUCUGAAAUACCUUCUUGGGGCAACAUCCGGGAUAUGAUGACAUUGUCAAAACAGAUGGUCCAAAUAGCCUUCAUCAACAAUGAGCCUGGCGCGUCACCACUCAAGUUGGCUGCCGAAGACGUAUUAUCAUGUUUCCGAACCAUGUUGAACGAAAGACAUGUUCGACACACAUCCUCAAGUAUUUCAAGCAACAGAAAAACCCGAUCUUCUUUCACCAAUCAGCCGCCUCCUGUCCAAUUACCUCCAUCCCUUCCACCGCCACCGCCGACUAAAUCGAAGACAAAGACACAGACUGCGCCUCCGACAGGUCAGACAAAGGAGAAGUCGUCUUCAUCACCAGCUUCGAAACCCAAACCUAAACCCAAACCUGUCGCUACUGAUGAAGAUGUGGAUGACGAGCGUGACCAGGGUGUAUCCGACGAUGUUUGGAACCAGCUGAAGCGGUACAAGGAAGCUCAGUUGAUGAAGCAACGCGAGAUAGAAAAAGCCGCUCGGGAUCUCGAAAACAAAAGAAAAGAAGAGGAAAAGGCAAGGAAGCUGGCCGCGAAAUUGGCAGAAGAAGUGAGAGCUGCCGAGAGUCAAAGAAAAGAAGAAGAGAAAGCCCGUAUUCAGCAAUUGAAAGCAAGGGCAGAAGCGGCACGUCGCCAAGAGUUGAAAGCCAAGGCUGAAAGAGAGAGGUUAGAGGCAAUAAGGAAGGAGCAGGAGAGACAACAACGGGAGGAAGUUCGAGCACAACGACGGCUGCGGGAAAUGGGUGUCUGUGUCGCGGGAUAUCAAUGGGUCAAGGAGUCCAAUGGAUAUCGUUGUAGGGGUGGGAGUCACUUUGUCUCUGAUGGGCAGUUGGGAUUGUGA